UAAAAUAAUCACUUGUCUUAACUAUUUAAAUGUGUUAUCAGUAUAAGGCCUAAGUAUUUAUUUAUUAUUCAUUGUUAUCGAUGGUCAUGUGUUUAUUUCUCAUGCAAACUCCACUGUCGGAUGUUUCCUUGUUAUUUUUGAAUGGCUAUGUUUAUUACGGCCACGUAUCCUAGCCCUACUGUUUGCAGAACUGGAUCACGUGGAAACUCCUUAAAUGAUGACCUGCUGUUGCCCUACCCCCUCUCACAGGGACAUGGGCCUCAACACCACAACAGAUAUGUGAGAGACUGCCAGCCUGUCAUUCAUGGCAAUGUGACUUAUGAAACCUGGACAAGUGAUAAAACUGCUGAUUUUCCUGUAGCUACUACCAGAGUAUUUGUAUCAAAGUUUCCCGUUGCAGGUGGGACAUUAAAAUCAGUUUAUGGCCAUGUAACUGUUGUAAGAAACCCUCUGAAAACAGUGUCAGUUUUGGAACCUGGGGGACCUCAAGGAUGUACCAAAUACCGUACUGCUACAGUAGAAGAAACCGCAAAACCAAGAAAGUGUCUGGUUGCCCAGAAUGGCGGCUAUUUUAACACCCAAAUAAAACAGUGCCUUGGAAAUAUUGUGAGCGAUGGGAAUUUGGUUCAAAAUAGCAAAGGAAUUCAGAAUGCUCAGUUUGGGAUCAAGAAGGAUGGUACAUUGGUCUUUGGAUCGGGGUCUCCCCCUCCGCCCCUGUGCAGAUGUUAUCUGUCUGAAGAUGAUGUCCUCGAUGAGAAGAACCCUUUCGUUCAGUUAGUUAGUGGCGUGGUGUGGCUCCUCAGAAAUGGGAACAUUUACAUUAAUGAGAGCAAAGCAGCAGAAUGCGAGAAGACUCAGGAGACAGGGACCUUUGACAAAUUUGUGAAUGUAGUGUCUGCAAGAACUGCAGUUGGACAUGACAACAAAGGACAGCUGAUUUUAAUCCAUUUUGAUGGACAGACAGGUGACAGAGGGAUGAACCUGUGGGAGAUGGCAACGUUUUUGAAAAGUCUUGGCGUUGUUAAUGCCAUUAAUCUUGAUGGUGGAGGUUCUGCCACUCUUGUUUUAAAUGGAUCUCUUGCAAGUUACCCAUCAGAUCACUGUGUUGAUGAUCCCAUGUGGCGUUGCCCUCGAAGUGUAUCCACUGUCCUGUGUGUGCAUGAGCCGCAGUGCGACCCUGCCAACUGCAGUGGGCAUGGUCAGUGUGUUCUGGGAGAAUGCCAAUGCACAGCCAACUGGAAAGGUCCUGCUUGUAACCUACCUGAAUGUGAACCUGCAGGCUGUGGCUCACAUGGCAUGUGUACUGCAAAUGGCUGUGUCUGUGAUGCUGGAUGGAUGGACACUAACUGCAGCGAGGAAUGUCCGUUAGAUUUUUACGGGCAAGACUGCAAACAGGAAUGCCAGUGUGAGAGCAUGUGCCUCUGCGACCCCGUGACAGGAAGCUGUAACAUCACAUAUGAAACGAACAGGACCUUGCAGAGAGCCAGUCACUGCCUGGCCACCCACAUAUUUGAGUCAUGGAAGCGGGACGUUAUUUCACAAGAACAAACUUAUUUUUCAGAGACAACCUGGAUAAUUAUCACAGCCAUCUUGGGGCUACUUUUGCUAACCAUUACCAUUGGCAACAUGAUCCGGAUUUCUGGAAAAUGCAGGCAUAAUAAUGAGACCUCCCGUUCUCUGAAUAAUUACUCCUACCGUCUUCUGAGUGAAGUCAAUGGAAAGUUAAACUGUGCAGAAAUCCCUGAGCCAACCUCAAUGGAGUGGACUAACGGAAGCAUUCAAGAGUCUGUAGAUUUCUGUUGAAUUAUACAUGAAGAAUUGGUUUUACAUGAGCAGCCUGCUGAUGAGCUCUUCCUUUAGGAAAAAAACAUCUUCCACAUGAAUGUAACCAUUGAAGACACACUGGAAGCAAAGCGUUUAAUUUUUCACAAACAUUGUUUCAGUACGCUAGUAGAGGAGCACAAUUAAAAUGUGCCGCAGAAGAGAUUGUUCUUUUCGCAAAGAAUACACAAAGAGAUAAAGCCAUUCAAAAUUGCAGCUUCUGCGUUUGUCGGGAGAGUCUUGAUUUUUGUGGAAGAACAGCACACCCAGCAGCUAGAAACAGACUGCAUUUGCUGCUGGGUAUUCUCUCCUUCAACAAGCAUCAUUAUUCUCCCAACAAACGCAGGGCGAAGCUCUUAUCCGGAAUAACUCAACAGUCUUGCCUAUGUGAUAAUUAUGUAUACUGCAUCCUUUCCAAAUAAUUGCGGAGGGUAACGUGAUCAUAGAAUCUUGACCGGGGUUGAAGGGUAUUCAUUUGUAGGUCCUGUGACUUCUGCAGCAGUAGCAUCUUUGUUUUUUUUUUCUGAAUACCUUGUUUACAUUACAUUGAAAUAGUUUUACAUUGUUCUAUAUCCCGCAGUAUAUUGGGUGACACUGAAGUAGGAUUUCUUAGAAUUACACUUAGAAUUAACAGUGGACUUAUAAGAGGAUUUACUUGAAAUAUUCCAAAGGCUCUUAUUUUAGGGUCAACAUAAACCACUUUGACUGUGUUUGUGUUAUUGAUCUCUGUUUGCUUGCUUUUAGUAUUCACUUUUGAGUGGAAGUUGUACAUGCAAAUGUAAUUACCUGCGCCAAAACACUCAAUGUAUUUGUAAAAAGUGCAUACUUAUUUCUUAAAAAGGGCUAAUUAAGAUCUAAGAUUAGCUUUUUUUUUAUUUGGGAUGUUUUACACUUUUCUUGAAGCACCCUUUGAACUAUAAUGACGUGAAUUAUAAAUUAGGUGUGCCAAAAAAGUUACAUCUUGUUUUAUUAUCCCCUGCUGGGAAUCCAUAUCCUAUAGCUGUAUAUCUUGAGAAAUGCUGAUAAAUUAUCAUGAGGAGGUGGAGGUGCCUGUCUCCUGUCAUUAUGUGUUCAUACAGUAUCUGCCUGAAGAACCUGUCCAUCUGUAAGCAUGUCGCACUUUUUCAUGAUAAUGCUUUUAUAUUUACAGCAGUGGCGGGAACGUCUGUUACUAAUAUGUAACUUCUUUUUGGGACAAAAAAAUAUAUCUGUAGCUGUGUGUACAGUUUGUUUAACCCUGGAAUACACAUUGGUGUAUCACGUUGCUUUAUCACCCUCUGCAACUUUGUGUGAUUUUAAACCAGCCCUUAAGCCUCCACUUUCAUAUAUAGUACAUUAUGUGUUGCCUAUUUGGUACAGUGCAUGGUAAAAUGUAAGUUAUAGGGCAUCAGAUGUAACAAAUGCACUAUUGCCACCACCACCUUGUUUUUUUAAACUUCAGAAAAAACUCUUUACAAAUAGCUGCGAAAGAUUUCAUGAAAUAAUAUAUUGAGAAAGAUAUUGAACUCACUCCACCUUGCUAAUAUGAGCCAUAAAAAAAUGUAUUGACCAAAGAGCAAUAAACUGACACGAUGAGCUUUCAGUGCAAACCAGAUCUUCAUCAAGACAAUUUUGGUGUGGGUGAAUACUAAACCCUAUUUAUUUAAUCAAAACAAGCUUUAAAUAAACUGCUCGUUUUGUGAAUAAGGCCUACACUUUGUCAUUUUAGGCUUAUAUAUUAUUUAAUGCAAAAAAUAAAAUUAUAUACUAUGAUUUUUUUUUCUGGAAACAAAUGUAUUUCAAUUACAUUCAAAUGCUUACUUAUUUCUGUACUACUUCAGAGCACAUCAAGUUCUUUCCACUUUACGUGCUUUUAAUCCGACUCUGCCAUAGCAUUGUUGGAAGUAGCUUUCUUGUAAAUGACAUUCUCUGUAAUAUUGCUGUUCUUAAAAAUGCCAAACAUGACACAUGCUUGACAGUACUGACAGUUCUAUGGCAGAAACUGAGCACUGCUGUUUGGACUGCUUAUUUGAUCUAAUUUUAUUUUAUUUGUAUGUCAACUUUGUAUAGUAUGUUUUAAUCAGUUUCGCUACCAUGCGAUUCAUUGCCUUGUUGAAAAGUAUUUAUAAAACGUUUAUAUGUUGUCAUCCUAAAAUGAAUAGGUUGUACUGAAAAUUGAAUUAAAAGACAAAUCUAAGCAGUAAUAUAUUUUUGUAUAGUAUGUUUUAAUCAGUUUCGCUGCCAUGCAAUUCAUUGCCUUGUUGAAAAGCAUUUACAAAAAGUUUAUAUAAGGAGGUUGUGUGGUCCAGUGGUUAAAGAAAGGGGCUUGUAACCAGGAGGUCCCUGGUUCAAAUCCCAUCUCAGCCACUGACUCAUUGUGUGACCCUGAGCAAGUCACUUAACCUCCUUGUGCUCCAUCUUUCGGGUGAGACGUAAUUGUAAGUGACUCUGCAGCUGUUGCAUAGUUCACACAUCCUAGUCUCAGUAAGUCGCCUUGGAUAAAGGCAUCUGCUAAAUAAACAAAUAAUAUGUUAUCAUCCUAAAUGAACAGGUUGUACUGAAAAUUGAAUUAAAAGGCAAAUCUAAGCAGUAAUAUGUUUUUGUAUAGUAUGUUUUAAUCAGUUUCGCUACCAUGCAAUUCAUUGCCUUGUUGAAAAGCAUUUACAAAAAGUUUAUAUGUUGUCAUCCUAAAAUGAAUAGGUUGUACUGAAAAUUGAAUUAAAAGACAAAUCUAAGCAGUAA